AUGAAGAGCGCAAUCUUUUUAUCGAUUUUGUUGUUCGGGAUCGUCAGGUCGAGUGAAAUUGACAAUGAGACUAGACCAACAGAAGAAUCCCUGAAGCGGGGGCUGAGUUACAAGUGCGCGGCGCGGGAGACCUCGUCAUGCAUCGCCUACGAGCUGGUAGGAUACGUGGACAGGAUGCUGAGGACGGCGUCCGUGCAGCUGAGCGAUGACGUCAUGAUCGUUGAUGAGAGUAACGGCGCAGCAGCUGAAAUCGAAGUGAAGCCGGAGACACUGGCUCGUGCAGGCACCACCCUCGAAGACCAGGCGCAGUCCCUCAUCAGCGACAAGCUGUGGCACUUCGCCACGACCAGGUCUCUGAGGUACAGGCUCUUCGACAACGCUGACCUGGUCAUUGCUGGCAAGGAAGAUCAGGAUGGAAGCCUUGGUGUUGGUGUUUCACUGAAAGCACCCAAAGCAAUCGAGUCUGGUAGAGGACGCAACAAGAACUUCGGCCCGUUCCUAGCUGCAGCGGCGCUGAAGUUCGGUCUACUUGGAGCCCUCACCUUCAAGGGCUUGACCUUGAUGGUGGGGAAGGCCCUGCUGAUCUCCAAGAUAGCUCUCCUCUUGGCCACAAUCAUCGGACUGAAGAAACUGUUCUCUCAUCAGAAAAAGAACGUGACGUACGAGAUCUUCACCGACUACCAUCACCACGGCUGGGACCAUUGGAAGAGGAACCUGGAUGAUAUCGCUAGAUUAUAUGACAAUUUACCUAAUACAGUUUCAAAAUAA